AUUUUUAAUUAUGUUUUAGGGUAAACCCUCUAAGAUCUUAACCCUUCUACUUAUCCAUCAAAAUAACUAGAUCUUAUUAGCUAUGAAAAAGAGAGGGUUUGGAAUGGGUAAAUAUAAUGGAUUCGGAGGUAAAGUAGAAAAGAACGGAGAAUCUAUUUAUCAAGCAGCAAUAAGGGAAACAUAAGAAGAGGGUUGUAUAACUCCAACAGAUGCAUAAUUUAUUGGGUAUAUAAAAAUGGAUUAUGAUUGUGAAAAAGAAACACUUAAAGUUCACAUCUUUAGAGCCACUCAUUUUGAUGGAUAAGUCAAAGAGACUGAAGAAAUGAAACCAUAAUGGUUUGAUGUUGCAAAAAUACCUUAUAAUUAAAUGUGGAUUGAUGAUUAAUAUUGGAUUCCCUAUUUACUUGAAAAUAAAUGUUUUUCUGGUUACUUGUAAUUUGAAGGACAUGAUAAAUUAAUCUAAGCUGACAUAAAAGAAGUUACAAAUUAAGAGUUAUUAAGUAUUUCAGAGAAAGAAUCUGAAAUCACAUUAUAAUGA